CUUCAGUAGUAGCGAUUCGUAUGAGUUUAUUUUUGAGAAAUUAGCAAAUAUGCCUUUAGAAAGUCCUUAAAAACUUCCAUUUAAAAUUUUAUAUUUUACGACGAAGAAAACAGUUUUCCAGAAGAUGUUAAAAAAAUGCGCUAAAUUUAUCUUCGAAUAUCUUUGAUAAAAUGUAAAUCUGUCAUUGUCACAAUUGUGUAGGCUUGAGGAAAUUUCAAAUCUUGUAUUAGUUUCCUGUAUUCGAUGUUUUGUAAAUAAUUCCUGAUCUGUUCUACAAAAUGAUUUUGCAAAUUUAAGUGCAAAGUAAGAAUGUCUUUCAUGUUAAAGAAAAAGAAGUACAAGUUUAAAGUAGAUCUUGUUUUACAAGAACUAUCUGCUGUUCCAUUUGUAAAUGGAAUCCUUUUUGCAAAAAUCAGGCUUGUAGAUGGGGGAACUUUCACUGAAUCAUCUCAAAAGCAAGAGGUAAAGAACAAUUGUGUCAAAUGGGAUACAAAAUUUCAGUUUGGUUGCAAAAUGACUGCUAAUGCAAGUACUGGUGUAUUAGAGCCAUGUAUAUGUAGGGUGUCUGUACGAAAGGAAAUAAGAGGUGGCCGAUCAUUUGAAAAGCUGGGCUUUGCUAACAUGAACCUUGCGGAAUUUGCUGGAGCUGGUCUCACAUCCCGCAGGUAUCUUUUAGAAGGCUAUGAUUCAAAACACAGGCAAGAUAAUUCGAUGCUUCAAAUCACCAUAGAGAUGUUUCUGUUGGCUGGUGAUCCUUGUUUUAAAACCCCUUCAGUUCGUGCUGUUGCACCUCUUCGAGACAAGCCUCAGAUCCAGUUGCCUGCUGAUAAAAAAGGUGAAGAUUACAGUGGGGAUAGCUUAGCAAGUGGUAGCAGUGGCUUCGGCAGUCUACCACGAAAACAAAGGCCAAAUUUGCUGUCUUCAGAACUGGUUACGGGGUCAAAUGAUGAGAAAUCAAAAGAGGAUGAUCAUGUACCUGAGUUUGAACGAGGUCAUUCUCGGAAUUCUAGCUAUGCCAGCCAGCAUUCGAAAGCAUCAGGCUAUGGCAGUUUAGCAUCUCAUUCUCGGCAAAGUAGUGCAGAAUCUGGCCACCAUAGGAAUCCUAGUUCAAGUUCUACUUUCAGUGAGUUAUGUCUUGCGGGUGUUCCUAAAGCUCCAGAUAGAAAGAGGCCGUCAAAAAAACAAAUGUCAGAUGAAGGCCGAAUGGAUUCUACUAGAGUCAGUGCAAAAGAAGUAAUUAAUGAAGUCAUUGAAGCUACAAACCUUGAGCCUGAUGAUUCUAUGGAAUCACCCGGUCUUAUAUUAUUUAUAAAGAAUGAUGGCACACCGGCUUUAAGCUCUCAUGAACUACCUGAUUGUCCUUCUGGCCACUUUGAUCAAGUAGUAAUUGCUCAUAGGUAGCAAUUGAAUCAAGUGAUUCACUACUGAAGCAGUUUUGUGUCUCAGAGAUUAUCUUCUGUUACAAACAGUUGCUUAGAAUUCUAUCAGUUGUUGUCUAAUAAAUUUUGUUAAAUCAGGAUUAGAAAUUUUAAAUGAAAUCCUUAUACCUGUAUAAAACGUAGGAAUAUCUUUUAUAUAUGAGAAAUGUAAUUGAUAAUGCUGUUCAUCUAAUUAAACAUUUUAAUAUUCUUUUGUUUUGUGAAUAUCGACCAGGCUUAAAAUAUAAUUGUUUUAUAAUGUAUUUUGAAUUUCAGUCCUUGUUUUUACUUUUUAUAUUUUAUACUGAUUAUAAGGAGCUGUUUUAAAACUUGCCUCUAACUUAGUUCAAAAUGUGUGAUAAUUUUCUUGCUUUUGAACAAAUUAUUGUGUUUGUCAAAUGUGUAAAAUUUUUUGUUUAAAUAAUGUAUUUAAAUUCUGUGCAUAAUUAUUACUUCAAAUAAAUUGAAAUAUAUCAUAGGCACCAUACCAAAGCCAUGAAUCUGUAUUUUACUUACAUGUUCCCUUUUUUUAAUGUUUUAAAAUAAAGAAAUGCAUAUUUUGUGAUAUGCUUGUACUUGAAUUAUUAUUUAGAAGAUAUUACAUGAUUUUUCUUAUGAUAAAGCACUUGCAUAUCUUUAACCAAUUUUUUCAAAAGAGUAGUUUUUUAGAGUCAUUGUUUUGGCAUGAUGCAGGUGAUAUAUAUAUUGAGAGAGAGAGCUGUCAGUGUUUGUAUAUAAAAGAAAUUUAUAUUAAUUUUUCCUUACAAGAGUAAAAUUCAGCAGAACUUAUUUGAAUGGAUAUAACUGUUCUUAAAAUAGCUUAUAGAAAUUUUUAUAUAAUUAUUGUAACUUUGAUGUAAAUUGUAAUACAUUUAUAUUUUUAUAACAGUAGUGUGUGUUAUUUUUGUUUAUUUCAUUAUUACUUAAUUAUUUGUAAGACACAUUGUUGUUAAUUUAGAAAUAGUGUGCAAGUAGAAAUUGCUAAUUUAUUUAGAAGAAAAAUUCUAAGUGUUACAGCAACUUUUGUAAUUCAGAAAAAUGACUCCGAGGAAAUUCCUCUGUUGAAUGCAUAUUUUUUUUUUUUUAAUUUGUAUUUUUUGCUUAUUGUUGUUGUAAUUGAAUAACAGUAUUAAUUUAUCACUGAAAUAUUACUUCCAAUGGCCUCUAUUUGUUGAUUAAACUAUGUAAGAAACUUUUUGAGGGAAAAGGAAAAAAAAAAAAUGUUUUUUUAAAUAAGGUUUUAGGUCAAGAAUCGAACCUAAUCUUCCAUUUCAGAAUUCACACUUUUCAUUAUGUCAUCUUCAGAGUUGCAAGUUUUGUAUAAGAAUACUGUCAAAUGGGCUGUCUUCAUGCAUAUAGAAUAUGUAGGAAUUUAUCAGCAAUUGCAAAAUUCUCAUCGACAUACAUAUGCAAACAGUAAACACAAAAUUCAUAGUGUUUCUUUCCAUUUUUAAAGAAAUGAAAGUUUUUCUAAUCAUCUGUCUAGAGAUAUGUCAUGAUUUAGGCAGCUAUCUAAGGCAAUACGCCUUUUUGGGGGGAGAGAAAAAAUAAAAGAUCUCUGAAAUUAGACUGUCAGUUUUCAGUAAUUGUAUUUGUAAUAGAUAAAAAGAAAAAAGUUUUAGAUAAAAUGUGUUAAAUUUUAAAUGACUAAUAAAGCAACCAAAAAGAAACAGCUGAUAUAAUGAGAAACUGUUUUUAUUGUGGGUAAGCAUAGUUAAAUUUUAAUGUAGUCUUACAUAAUAUUGAAUUUUUAAAAAAAAAAGGGGGGAAGGCUAAAUCAAAAUAUGUUUUAGUGUUGAAUAAUUUGAAUUACCUAAAAGAUUAAUGUAUAAAUUUAAGAUGUUUAAUUUACAAAAAAAGCAUCCUAAAUAAGAAAACAAUUUUUAGCAUUUCAUGGGCAUUAAAAUUUUGAAAUAUCUUUCUGGUUUCUCUUUUCCUUUGCAAUAUGUUAUUUAAUUUACAAAAACAUCGCAUUAUAUUUCAUGUUACACUGCCUUAUCAUCAUUUUUACGUAUGACUCAUUAGCAUAUUUAAUGGGACUUGAGGAUCUCAUUAAGUGUCCUUUGUAAUACAAUUUCUUAUGAAUUUAAUGUUGUAUUUUACUAAUAGACUGGAUUUAUGUGGAUAGCAUAGCAAAUGUUUGAAAAUUAGGAACAUCCUUAAAAGAUUGCCAUUUCCCAUUUUUUAAUUCAAAGCUGUUCAUAGGACUCAGUUACUUCCUUUUCUGCUCAGUGUGUACCCUAAGAAACAAAUUUAAAGGGAGUUUAAACAGAGAUAAAGCAUUUUAAUUCAUGCAUCCUAGUAAGUGUAUGCAAAUUCUGUUUAAAUAUCUGGUGUUUGUUAUUUUUUGUGUUUUUAUUGAAUCUUCAUGCUUUAAAACAGAUCUGCUUUCUCCCCCCCCCAUUUUCGAAGUCCUCCCAUUUCAUAGCAAUGUUCUAAUUUAGAUUUACAGGAAAAAAACGCAUUGCAAAAUUGCUCAAAUUUAAUUGUAGAUCCAUGACAAACUUCCAUUCAUUUUCAGUCUAAGUUUUUAGCUCAAGUUUGUAUCAAUGAAGUAAUUUUUAGGUUUUGCUGUGAAUAACUGCACAUAUUUCAUUUGUACUUCCAGAUAUUUAUUGAGUAUUCAUAAGUAAUGUUUUAUACGUUACACACAUAUUUCUUCAUUGACUUUGUGUUAGAAUGACCCAUUCCUUAUUAUGAAAAUAAAGGAUGGUAUAAAAUAGGUGUUUCCACUUUAUAUUUUUAAUACUAGGUGUAGUAUUAAAAUCAUUUUUAAAAAAAAAAAAACUAAUUGUUGCUGUGAAUAUUUUCUAAAAAUUUGUGUGCACGUCCUAUUCUGUACUUAUGUGCCAUGUUAUACUUGUAUUGUUCCUCUUGAUGUUAAUCCAUGUUUGAUACUGAAUUUAUUACUUGUUUAAAGAAACUGGCUUGCAAUACUGUAUUUGUAAUCUUUUAAAUGUGGAGUUUAAAAUAAUUUUGAAAUGGGAAAGUUAAAAAAAAUAGUUAAUAUUAAAUCUAGUUUGCUUUUAUAAAACUGUUUCUGAAUUUUAAUCAUUGCAGUUUGAAAUUUUAGAUUUUUAAUUCUUGCAUAAAGAAGAUUUUGUUUUUAAUUUUAUAUGAUACCUAAGUAAUAUAACUUGUCUUGUCAAAUCUUGAAUAAAUGAAGCAUUUGCAUUAUGCUAAACAAUAUCCAUAAGGUUAUUUGUAUUUAUUUCUAAAUCAGCAGCUCCAUGAAAAUACUUGGAAUGAACUUUAAAAAAUAAAUAGGUUGACAAGUACA